AUGUUGGAUAUCUUCGAUCCAAUGCAAAGUGUAGAAAAAGAAGAGUGGAUUAAACAAAAAGUGAAGUUUGGAGAACUUAGUGUGGAAAUGAUUGUAGAUACUGCGUCGCAGAUCAAUGUUGUACCAGUGAAGUGUGGAAUAGUAUUGGACAACCAAAAGUGGAAAAAGUGAAUUACAAAGGUAUUGGUCUGGGUGACAACAAAGUGGAACUUGAAGGAAAGUUAAAAAGUAAAGUACGAGUGAAGGACAAAGAAGUGUAUAUGGAGUUUCAUC